CCCAGUUACAAGUGUCAUUAUAAGGAUUUUUUUUUAAUUGCAAAGCCAAGUAAGGCUGUCAGUUGCAUCAUCUUAACUUCAGAUUAACUACUGCUGUAGUGGGCUUGUCGGUGGAUGUGGUGGCAUCAGCAUAAUCUAUGUUUCAGGCGUCCUGUAGAAGAGGAUUAUUCAGGGGAUCUGGAAGAAAAGGUUUCUGUAGCUGGAUCAGGCACCGGAAGAGGCUCCCCCACUGUAACUCUAGUACAGUUACCUUCGGGCCAGACUGUACAUGUCCAGGGAGUAAUUCAGACACCACAGCCAUCGGUUAUUCAGUCACCACAGAUACAGACUGUUCAGGUAGCAACAAUUGCAGAGACAGAUGAGUCUGCAGAAUCAGAAGGUGUAAUUGAUUCUCAUAAACGUAGAGAAAUCCUUUCACGAAGACCCUCUUAUAGAAAAAUACUGAAUGAACUUUCCUCUGAUGUGCCUGGUGUUCCCAAGAUUGAAGAAGAAAAACCAGAGGAGGAAGGAACGCCACCUAACAUCGCUACCAUGGCAGUACCGACUAGCAUAUAUCAGACUAGCACGGGGCAAUACAGUAUGUAUGCUGCAAUUCGCUAUGAUACAGUGCUAGCUUUAAGUCUUCUCUAGUUACACUGAAGCAACUUGGGUUUGGCAUUCAAUUGUUCCAUUUUAAAAUGCAUCGCAAUAUCUAAACUGUGUGUAUCAUAGAAUGAAAAGUACAUGUUAAAGAAGUGAGAGAUUUGUACUGACGGCUGUCACAUACUUUUGAAAAGUAAAAAUAUUUUACUGAACAUAGAAGAAAAAUUUUGGGUAAAAAUAAAGGGAGGCUUUGCCUAUUUAUAUGUUUAUAUUCCUGUCUGGUAAAAAUUUAAAACUUACUGUUUUUUGUUGUCUUUAUAAGAUGCAUGCAAACAUAAGAUAUAAAUGUCUGUAUUUCAUUCUUGUUGGCUUUUGUUACCAACAAUUACAUAUUAUGCUUACUAAUCUGAAAGAGGUACAUAAUGUUUCCUAAAUUAUGUUUUAAAUGUAAUUAUGUUUUCACUACUCUUUGUUAAUUUGUGCUGCAGCUUUUUCUAGAAGAGAAUUGAAAAACGAUUUAUUUUUUAAAGCUACAGCAAUUGGACAGAUCAUUUUAUUUGAAAUUUUAAACAUCAAAAGCUGUAAAUAAACAGAUACGUUCACAUUUAGUCUUGUGCAUUUUAAUGGGCUGUUAAUCCUGUGCUUUUUACUCUAAUUAAAGCACUGAUUUUUUUUCUCAAAUCAAGUACAUUUGAUAUACAUAAAAAUGCUUUAGUAAAAAACAAGAGCUAGGAAGAAAAGCAAAAAGGGGGAAGAAAAGCCAGAAAAAGGACAAAAAAGAUUAAAAAAAAAAACUACUUAGAUAAUGGAAUAUGUGUGGUAUUAGAUACUAAGUUGGUUUAAAUAUGAUGGUAAGAUUUUAGAUAUGUUUUCUGUUUUCCCUUAUUUAAAAAAUAGUAAUACCUAGAAAAACUCUCAAGUCUUUAAGAUGUGGCUGUUAAAGCAAAGGAUACUCUUUAAUGUAUGGGAAGAUCUUAUAUAGUUGUUAGUUUUUUAGAGUUUUUUAUUUUGGUGGUGGUAGAUUUGCAGUAUUAAACGAAUUCUCAUUUGGCAAUUCUGGCUCUUCAGGUAGCUCCUACCAUGAUACCUAGCAGAACUGGGGUAUAAUUUGUCCACAGCCUCUAUGGGGUGCUGAGUGGGCAUGUCCCAAAGUCAAUGUUAGCAAAAGGAAACUCCCCACUGUCUCUGUAAAGAGUUAGAUCUUGAGGUUUUGCUGUAAUUUUUUUUUUUUUUUUUUUACUUCUCUGAUUUCUAUACCUUUCUGUCUGGCCCAGUGGGAAUAGAUGGUAGGAAUUUUAGAGGUGUAAAUCAGGGUUUGCCAGCUGGCAGGCCUCUGCACGGCAGCACGGAGGUAGAGGAGUCUGGGCUCCUUGUACUCCCUGGAGUGGCUGGGCAGGGCUUGGAGCUGCUGGAAACUCCUGGUUGUUCAGGUCUGGUCUUAAGCAGUGGGCUGUACACAUACUAUCAUUUUCUAUUUGUGGCAUAAUAGGGAAGAGGUUGGAAAUUACUGAUGAAAUAAUGCUAAGACACGUUAAAAUUUGGGGGGUGACCUAAGAUGCUUUCAUCUUAAACAUUUCUUUGGCAUAUCCCAACACUGCUUAGGAAUUUAUAGAAGCGGUGAUCUCUGUACAAGUGAUAUGGAAGGGGAUGCUGUAGGUUAUUUGCCUAGAUUAUUAGUUGAAAUUUUGAAAUUGUGAAAACACUGGGUUGAGAGAACGUUGAAGCUAGAGGUGAUGUGGGGAAGGCUCCGGGUCCUGCCAUUCACUAACUGGAUCAGAUAGAGAAGCUCUAUUUUCCCAUCUCAGGGUCUUUGAAGUGGGAAUAAUACUAAAAUUGCCAAACUCUGGGGUUAGUGUGAGGACAAAAGGAAAUAAUAGGGAAAAGUGGUAGAAAACAGACAUGCUACUUUUGACACAAAACAGAAAUGUAAGGCAGUGUCUCAUAUGUGAACUUUCCCUCCAGGUAGCAGCAAAGCCUAUAUUUCUUGUGCUCUGAGUACAUGCACUUGCAGCAGGGGCCUGGCAGGAGACUGACAUCACUGUGGGUGCAGGGUGGUGGGAGUAGAGUCAGGAGUUACGGUUGAGAACAGCAAAUCGAAAGUUUAGAAGUUAGAUGCUUAUCUGUUUGCCACAUUAGAGGUCAUGGACUGUCUCUUAUUGAGGUUUCUUAAUUUAGACCCAUACAAUAUGAUCCUGGCAGGUAUUAAAAGUUGUGAUUAUUCUGUAUGUGCUCUCUGCAGGUAGAAAUUGCCAUUUUUAUUGCUUCAUGAAAAGUGAUAACUACCUUUGCUAAAAAUGCAUCUCUUAGACGUUUAGUGACGCUUAUGUUGAUAAUUCUUUCUUCUGAGAGGUGAAUACUAACAUUAAAAGUGUUUAAAAGACAUUUGCUUUGAUUGGAGGGUAAAUGUAUAUUUACACAUACACAAGAUCCAUUUUCAUUAAUCAGAUUUCAUAGUAGGAAUCUUAACAGAUAUUAAUGCUUUAAUGUUGUUCCUGGAUAUCUAAAAAAUGAAAUAAUUACUGGUGUCCUUUGGUUUUUAGACUUUUAUCUUACUAGAAUUUCUGGAGAUUAUUCUGGGUUAUUUGCAUGUAUCUGUUUUUGAGACCCUCUCAUAACCUUUUACUGUAAAAUGUGUUUUUGUA